AUGGAUGCGAAUGCUAGGACUUGCCACAAUGGCAUGCAUGGUGCUGACUACAGCAGCGGGCCCAGGGAUCACAGGGGUGCUGCAGACACUAGGCAUUGGAGCGAUCUUUCUGCUACUGCUGGUGGUCGCAGGCAGCGGCACGAUCUCCCUGCUGCUGUUGCUGCUGGUGGCAGGUGCGCAUUGGAUGUGCUCGGUGCUGGUGGGGCGCCCUUUGCUCCUGCCAAUGCAGCCUGCUGUGCUGCUGCCUCCCCACCCCCUGCGCUCCCUGCCCCUCUGCCCUCAUGUGCGAGUGGCAAUGAGGGUGGGGCCGGCGGGGGCAGCACUGGUGGUGGGGGGGAGGGUCAACGGAGGGUGUUCGACUGUGAGGGAAGCUGGGGAGGGGACGAUGGGGGAGAGGGGGAUGGGGGAGGGGAGGAUGGGGGAGAGGGAGACGUGAUAGGGUGGGGAGUGGGUGGGGAAGGAAUGAGAGAGUGGGAAGCGGAGGAAGGUGCAUUGGAGGACGAGGAGAAGGAGUGGGAGGAGGAGGAGGAGAAGGAAUUGGGGGAGGAGGAAAAGGAAAUCGGGGAGGGAAAGGAAAUGGGGGAGGAAAAGGAAAUGGGGGAGGGAACGGAGUUGGGGGAGGAGGAAAAGAAAUUGGGGAAGCAGGAAAAGGAAUUGGAGGAAAAGAUGAAGGCACUGGAGGAGGAGAAGAAAUUGGAGGAGGAAACGGAAGUGGGGAAGGGGGGGAAGGAAUUAGAGGAGGAGAAGAAGAAUUUGGGGGAUGAGGAGAAGGAAAUGGGGGAGGGAAAUGAGUUGGGGGAGGAGGAAAAGGAAUUGGCGAAGCAGGAAAAGGAAUUGGAGGAAAAAAUGAAGGCACUGGAGGAGGAGGAGAAGAAAUUGGAGGAGGAAACGGAAGUGGGGGAGGGGGGGAAGGAUUUAGAGGAGAAGGAAUUGGGGAAGAAGGAAAAGGAAUGGGGGGAGGCGGAAAACGAAUUGGAGGAGGGGGGGAAGAGAGCAAGUGAUGAUGAUGACGUCAUGGAGGUGCAAGAGGGACCAGGGGGGAACGAGGUAGAGACGGAGGAAGAGGUGAAAGAGGUGGGGAACGAGGAGGAGAAAGAGGAGGAGGGUAAAGAAGGGGAGGAAGAAGAAGAGAAAAAGGAGGAGGAGAAAGAAAGGGAGAAAGAGGAGGAGAAACAUGAGGAGGAGAAAGAGGAGGAAGAAGGGGAGAAAGAGGAGGAAGAAGGGGAGAAAGAGGAGGAAGAAGGGGAGAAAGUGGAGGAAGAAGGGGAGAAAGUGGAGGAGAAAGAAGGGAAGAAAGAACAGGAGAAAGAUAUGGAGGAGAAGGGGGAGAGAGUGGAGAAGAAAAAGGAGGAGAACCAGGAGGAGAGACAUGAAGUGAAGGAAAAUAAGAAAACGGAGGAGGAGAAGGAGGAGGAGGAAGACGAAAGCGGAAUAGGCAAGGCUGCUGAAGGAGUUUAUGCGCUGGCGCAACAGGCGAGGUGGGUCGCCUGUAAUGUGGCAGGUGAAGAGGGAGAUGACGAGGAGAGUGAUCGGCAUAAGUGCAGGCAGGGUUGUGAAGGCAGGGACGGCGGGGUUGGUGGGGAAGUUGGGGAAUGCGGGGAUGGUGUGGAUGGUGGGGGGGAUGGUGAGAGAGGAGAGGGUGAAGGACUGGGCGGGGAUCGGGGGGGGCAUGCGGUACAGGGUGAGGAGGAGGGGCGAGAGGGGAAGGGUGGGGAGGAGGAGGGACGAGAGGGGAAGGGUGGGGAGAGGGGCAGUGGAGGAACGGGUGGGGAAAAGGGGGAGUUUGAAUGUCGGGAGACGCCGCAGCAUUACCUGAGGAGCAGGAGACGGAGGGAGGAAGAGGGAGGAGUGAAUAGGAGAGGAGAGGAACGGAGAGGAGAGGGAGGGAGAGGGCUGGAAGGCAGAGGAGUAAAGCGAGGAGCAGGGCACUGGGGCCAGCUUGGCAGGGCGAGGGGCCGUCGCGUGUGCCGCCAUGCCCCUCCUCAGCUGCUGUUCGGGCCUCCACCCUUCCAUGCUGAGCCACCUGCUGCUGCUGUUGCUCCUGCUGCUGCUGCUGCUGCUGCUGCUGCCCCACCUGCCCCCUCUCUACCCGCACGUGACACAGGCACACCAACUGCGCCACCUGCACCAUCUGCAUCACCUGCAUCACUCGCCAUGCGUGAUUUCCUACUGAGAAUGCCCACACAUGACACAGACACUCCUCCUGCUCCACCUCACUCCUCCACAGUCCCUGCUCCCUCCCCUCCCCCACCCAAUCCACCUGCUCCACCUGCUUCACCUGCAUCACUCGCCAUGCGUGGCUUCCUGCUGAGAAUGCCCACACGUGACACAGGCGUUUCUCCUGCUCCACCUCACUCCUCCACAGUCCCUGCUUCCUCCCCCCUCCACCCACUGCACCCGCUCCACCUGCUCCUCCACCCGUCGCUCUCUCCCUACCUGCCACCCUCGGCACAAUCCUAG